AUGGCCGGCCGGUCCAACAGCCGUCGCCGGGGGUUCGUGCGACCCCAAGGUACCGAUUUUGCUGCGAGUGCGCGGCAUAGGGAGAGUGUUUUGAGCUUGGGAAGCAUCGCCCAUUUGCAGUACUACUUCUCACGAACCGGCCUCCUCGAUGGCAAGGGUGGCCAGCUGGCGAGAAAGAACAAGGCGAAGGGAGGUCUGGAUCUCUCGUCUGUGAGCAGCUCGGGGAUGUCUUCGCCAAAGAUUGGCUCUGAUGGGGAGGCUUCCUUCCCUUCGCUCAGUCCACUCCUCUCUGGGGACCAGUUUGCCGGAGCAAUGGUGGAGUCUCCCACCGAGGACGACGACUAUUACUCCGACUUUGAGGACGAUGCGGACGUCCUGCCGCCGACGACCAGCACCUACAUUCAUAGGAAUAAGCCAGUGCCCAAGCCGCCGACGAUCGAGGAGCUCAAGAGUGACUUGACUGAAUCUCUUGACAAAGCGGGUGCCUCCCUGAAGAAAGCGUGGGAGAGCAAGGCGGAGAAUGCCAGAGCGGCGGCGGAAGCUACGUCAGCUCAGAACACGCCAAAGAAAGGCAUGGGCUGGUUUGAAGUACAGGGAAUGCACAUUCUCGAUGUCAUGACGCUAGCCAUUCGUGCAGCCAAGAACUACUACACCGCCCACGAAGUCCCGGAAAGACUGGACGUGAUCAAGUCUGAGAAGGAGAUCCGCACCGAGCUUUUCAACGUCAUGGAGACGCUGAAGCAGAUGGCCACGCGAAAGUGGGCCGGCGGAAUGAAGGAGGACGAGUACAACACUCUCAACUCCUGGAUCCAGGGACUCUUCAGCAUGCUCAAGACCGAAGAGAAGAUGAUCGAGGCAGAGAAGGCCGAGCGCAAGCGCUGGACCUGGAUGAAGGGCGACUGGACUGGCCAGGAAGUCGAGAGGGAGUUGGCGUUCAUGGCGUCUCUUGCACCUCAAGCUGAGCCCAUGCCGGAGUAUACGCCUGCAGCUUCAGCAACCGAGUUCCCCACGCCUUUCUUGCAAGCUUUGCAGAACGGCAUCCGACUUGUCGAGCUGCACAACGCGGCAGUCAAGCUGUCGAAGCGACGCUUCGGUCUGAUUACCACCUUUCACACCGAUACGGAGAAGCCUUACCGCUGUGCUGACAACAUCCGCUACUGGGCGAAAGCAGCAGAGCUGCGGUGGGAAAUCCUUCUGAAAGUGGAUGCACUUGGUGUUGUCUACAACAGCAGCCCUGAAGUCUGGAUCAACUUCGAGGCUGCCGUCAUGGAGUGGAGCCGCAAUGUGCGUGAAGAGAUCACGUCCGAGCUGGAGGGCUAA